AAUUUUACAUCAUUUCUACAUGCAGUUUUACAAACAAACAAAAAGGCGAACCACAAAUAGAAAAUCAAUGUCUUGAAAUAAAAUAGAAUUUUAAUGGUUAAAUAGAUAGAUCCCAUGUAAAAGUUAAGGUAUAAAAUAUAUUUUUCAUGAUGGAAUUUUAUAAUAUUACUGUUUGUGUUUUUACAGUGUAGGGCGUCUUUCUUGGCUUGACUGGUAUCAUGAGAUUCACUCAUGCUGUGUUUGCUCCUGCAGCUCCACGAUGUUCCAGGUGCUUCCGGGUCACAUCCAACCAGCUGGACACCGAAGCGGCAAAACCCGCCUGGUCACCAAAGAUGGCCACUGCAACAUCGAGUUCGGCAACAUUGAGUACAGCAACCACUUUGCAUACCUGGUGGACUUCUGGACCACCUUCGUGGAGAUCCGCUGGCGGUUUGUUCUUCUCUUGUUUGUGGCUGCAUUCACAGGCAGCUGGUUCCUUUUCAGCCUAUUGUGGUACUGGGUUGCAAAGAGCAAUGGGGAUCUAACUGGGCAGAACCGUACAGAUGGGCAUGUCCAGUGUAUAGACAAUGUUAACGGCCUUACAACGGCUUUCCUGUACUCAUUAGAGACUCAGACCACCAUCGGGUAUGGGGGCAGGGCUCUGACUGGGCACUGUGCUGGCACAGUGGCUCUGAUUAUCAUCCAGUCUCUAAUUGGAGUCUUCAUCAACUGUUUCAUGUGUGGCAUCAUCUUAGCCAAGAUCUCCUUACCCAAAAAAAGGGCAAAGACUGUAACCUUCAGCCACACAGCAGUUAUCUGCUUAAAGAAAGGAAGUCUGUGUCUCCUGAUCAGAGUGGCCAACCUUCGAAAGACCUUAUUAAUUGGAAGCCAGAUCUACGGAAAGCUGCUGAGGACAACGACCACACCAGAUGGAGAGACCAUCAUCUUGGAUCAGGUGGAUGUUGACUUCACAGUUGAUGCUGGCAAGGAUAACUUGUUCUUUGUUUGCCCUUUGACUCUCUACCACGUGAUCAACAGAUUUAGUCCGUUCUAUGAGCUGUCAGCUGACACUCUUCCCCAACAGGACUUCGAGUUGGUGGUCUUUUUGGACGGGACGGCCGAGUCCACCAGCUCCUCCUGCCAAGUCCGAACCUCCUACAUCCCACAGGAGAUUCAGUGGGGUUACAGUUUCCUGCCGAUUAUUUCGCGCACCAAGACUGGAAAGUACCACGUAGAUUUCUCAAACUUUUCCAAAAGUGUCCGAGUCACCACGCCACACUGCGUCCACUGCUUCGAGACAGACGCCGACCAGAGAAAUCACAACAACCACAAUAAAGAGAAUCACAACCACCAUCUUAAACAGGGCAUCGAUAACCCGGGAUUCCAAGUGAUUGACAUUCAUGACUCUGUGGAUGUCACUAAAAUGUAAGAGGAACUUUGCAGGAUGCACACUUUCAUGACAGUGAUGAAGAAAGGUCUGAUAAAUGUGCUUUCUUCAACAAACCUUUGAAUUAUUGUUGAUUGUUUUGCCGUGAGCAGUUAAAGGACACUGAAAGCUGGAAAACACUCAUCACAGUCAAACCAGCGUUGGGACUUUGUGCGAGUAAAGUUUAACGGACAGUUCAAAGUUUGACACACUGAAUAUGAAAGGGGUAAAAUAGUGAAUGGCACAGUGGGUACCUCUUAAGGAGAUUAGAGUCUGAGCCUGUUACAAUAAAAAACUCUGUGCUGUGAGAAGAAAUCUGAAGUAGGACAGGUGUUUCGAGUUUGCUCAUUAUUCCUAUGAAAACACUAACCGUGUGGAGCUUUUGUCAUGGUGACAGGUCUUGUAUGUCAUGAUAUAUAGGAAAAUGUGGGUGUAGCUGUAAAUGCAUUGAUUUAAUUAUGACAAAUCUACAUUUUGUAGGUCCUACUGUGUAACACUGCAGUG